UUACUAAUAUUUACUUUCACGCACAGUGAAGUUAACCUUCACUUUCAAGAGAGUAUAAAAGUACUCCGAUAUGAACUCAAGAUCACAACGCCAUUCAGCGGGUAGAAGCUCUGCCAUGAGGGCUGUAGUCUUAGCUAUCUUGGUUGCUGUGGCCAUCGCAGCCCCACAGUACGGCUAUCCCACCCCUGCCCCGCCCACCCCCGCCCCGACACCUGGAUAUACAUACCAAGAGCCCGAACAGACCUAUUUGGUGCCUGGCACCCGCGCAGAAGACGGCGCAGAAGAGCCAGAAGCGCCCGUGGAAGUAGUGCCGAUUGUGAAGGACGAGCGCGUGCACAACGAAGAUGGAAGCUAUACCGUCGAUGUCGAAACUGGCAAUGGCAUCGAGCUUGCUGAGGCUGGCACAUUAUCCAGUAAUGGCACUGCCAUCAAGACUGGGCAGUAUUCCUACACCGCUCCGGACGGUUCCGUGAUCGAGGUCAAGUUCGUCGCCGACGAGAACGGCUUCCAGGUGGAGUCCGACGCCCUGCCUGUGGCUCCCGAAUUCCCUCACGAAAUUCCCGAAUUCGUGCUCAGGCAGAUCGAGUUCGCGGCUGAGGAGGAUGCGCGUGCCGCCGCUGAAGCUGAAGCCGCAUUGAAAACUGCUGAAACACCCGCGAAUCUGUACGAGGGGCCACAGUAAAGGGUUUUGUUGAAUAAAUAUAUAUAUA